AUGCUGAACCUAUGCCUUACACCAGAUAGGGACGCGCACCGUGCGAUCGUGCCUUCUCUCUUUGAAGCUGGCAUGCUUGACGAGGCCACGCAUGUCCUCUAUUCCAUGUGGUGGCGCGUGGCGCAGAGGAGUUGCGACGCCAAUGCUGUGAUGUACCCUGCAUUAUUGCUGCUUGCAUUUUGUGCUGCUGGCCCGGGUGAAUAGGCUGAGCUGAUUCUGGAUAAGGUGCUCAGGAAGGUGCUGGGAUCACCAGGUAGUCUUCGGUCUCUUCGUGUGCCAAUGCCAACUGUGCUUAGCCUCGAGGAUGUGCAGGAAGUCAUUGACCAGGCAUUGGCUGUGCGAGGUGGAAUGAGCUUUGAGUCCAUGAUUCUUGACCUCUAUGAUGAGGGUAGGUUUAGUCAGGUGGAUAAAUUGUUUAAGGAUAUGGCCAAGAAGGGUUUCAAGCCAACAAUGUGCGUGUACAAGGCAAAGAUCAGUGAUUUAUGCAGGGAAGGAAAUUUGGAUGAUGUUGUGUGGGUGUUGGAGGAGUUGCACAAGAAUGACAUUGUUCCAACAGUGACAACUUAUAACUUGAUAAUGAAGGGUCUUUGUGACACAAUGCAAUCAAUGAGGACACUAGAAUUACUCUAGAAGAGGGAUAGGCAUCUUGGUUGUGCUACUCAAAAGGACAUGUUCUCUAUCUUGGCCCAUGGUUUGUUCUCAGAAAGCAAGUUUGUUGAUGCAUCAAAGUUAAUGGAGAGGAUGGUGAAUGGACAUCUGCCUGAUAGAAGUGCAUUUAACAGUGUUAUUGAAGGUUUAUGUUCUGCUGGCAGAACAUAUGAUGCAUUGCUAUGGCUAGAGGAGAUGAUUAAGAUCGACCAUGGUGAAACAUGAGACAUCCGUGUUUGGUCCUCCUUAGUCUCAGAGGUAUGCAUGCCCCAAUUUGAAGCUUUAGGAGCUGAACUAUUGGAGAAAGCUCAGAUUGUAACUGUACAAGAAGUGGAAUUGAGAUUCAGCCUAGGGGACUCCUAA